UCGCAACGGCCAAUGGAGCACUCUGAGCCAACCCCCCCGAAAAAGAAGAAGAAGAAGAAGAAGAAGAAGAAGAAGAAGAAGAAGAAGAAGAAGAAGAAGAAGAAGAAGAAGAAGAAGAAGAAGAAGAAGAAGAAGAAGAAGAAGAAGAAGAAGAAGAAGAAGAAGAAGAAGAAGAAGAAGAAGAAGAAGAAGAAGAAGAAGAAGAAGAAGAAGAAGAAGAAGAAGAAGAAGAAGAAGAAGAAGAAGUCUGAAAGGCCUUUAGCCAAAAAUUUGGUAGUCUGAAAUGUCAGAGUCCAUAAGUC